AUGACAGAAAUAAUAAAGAUUACUUCUUGUUACCUUGAACAUACCAAUCAUAAAAUCCAUCUUGACAAAAUUACUUUUGCUUCCGUCUAUCAACAAUUUCCAGAAGAAGUUAAAAAGGAAAUUGAAUAUUAUACUUCAAAGAGGUUAAUUUCUCAAAUUGCUGCUUUUUAUAUUCUUAUGAUUUCACGAUAUUGGUAUAAAGAUGAACACUAUUCAAAACUAGAUAAAUUACUAAGAUCACAACUAUCUAUUACUUAUCAAAAUGGAAGUACUAUUUUAACUUCUAAUUUUAUAUCAGAUUCUACUUUUAUAUAUCCAAGUUCUGGUAUUUCUAUUAAUAUAUCAAAAAUACUCAAUACUUAUCGUGCAUAUAGAAUUACAAAUAGUCGCUGUAAGAAAGCUAUGGCUGUUGGAUUGGUUACUAGUGUGAUUGCAAUAGAAACUCUUAAUAAAGAAAUUCAAAAUGAUGAAUCAAGUGAGGAUAAUCAAGAAAAUAUUGCACCUUUUGAUAUUUCUACUGUUCAAAAUCCUAUAACUAAAAAGAAAAAAGGAGCCCCAAGAGUUAAACAUAUUAAAAGCUCUCUUGAACUAAAAACUACACAAUCAAUUACUAAGAAAGAUAAAGGUAUAUGCUUUGUUCUCAUUAAAGCAACCUAA